UGGGCCACAUGAAAGACCCUCUGCUGUUUUAGAGGGCACGUUUUCCAAUGGUAACCAAGUCACAAACUCGUGGUGGCCUAACUUGCGUAACCCAAUUCGUAACAUUUGGAGGACAACCAACUCUUAGAUGGCCUUGUGGCUUCUGACUAAGCAUUGUUCCAUAUGGAUUUAUCUCUUCCACAAUGCUGGAACGGAUAUCAUCAAAACUCUUUUCUACGGAUUCUUUCCCAAAUGGAGUUUUCCUUGUGGUGGUGGGGUAUUGUACUUAAAAUGGUUCGAAGGCUAGUUUUGGGAAAUGUGAUGUGCUCUUGUGCCUAUUUGUAGGCCUGCUAUAAAUAGGUUUGGCAGGGUACGCAUGCUCAUGUUUGAUUGGAAAUUGCACAGUGCCUUGAGCCGGAGAGAGUGGUGGGUCCUUAUACAAAGAGACAAAAGGAAAGCUAUGAAUGCUGCUAUCGCCCAGAUUUAGACCAUAACAGAUUACAGCCACAGAGGAAAACCUCAUUUGUUUGGUGGGUGUACAUCAUCAUCUGCUGCCUUCUCUGAGGAAGUUUCGCCUGGGAAUUUAAGUUUGAAAGAGAAACUCUAUCUGUUGGAGAAUGAGUUCCAGGAGGCUGAUGACACGCUCCUACUCUGUGGGGGACGGGAGGUCCAGCUCCCACAAUGGAGAUGAUGUCAUAGGGAGUAGCAGAGCCUGCAGCCGCAGCUAUCUCUCUGAUGUCAGGCCUGAAAACAGCUACUCCAGUCACAGCUAUUCUCAAUACAGGCCAUCAAGGAGCACACUACAUUGUGUUAUGACACAUUUAACGGAGGAGACCCAGCCAUCCUUUGAGACGACAUUAAAGUCAAGAGCCGUAUCUGAAACCUGUAGCAUCAAGUUCACCUGUGAGGUGUCAGGUCACCCCGCUCCAGAAGUGACAUGGUAUAAAGAUGACUUGCAAUUGGACAGAUACUGUGGACUACCUAAAUACAACAUUUCCCGCAAUGGACAAAACCAUUCACUGCACAUUUACAAUUGCACUAUGGAGGAUGCAGCCAUCUACCAGGCAUCAGCCAGGAACAACAAAGGCAUUGUGUCCUGCUCUGGAGUCCUUGAGGUGGGGACAAUGAGUGAAUACAAGAUCCACCAGCAGUACUUCGCCAAAAUCAAACUGAAGGCCGAAAACAAACGCAGAGAGCUGGAGGAGCCCAAGCCGUGGCACAAGGAGAACCACGGGUCUCCUGGUAGUCGGCAGGAGACACUGAGGACCAUCAGUCCAGACCGGUCCCAGAGGAAGCGACGGUCCUCCAUGGACCCCAGCCUCAGUGCCCCCAGCUUUAUGGAGGAUGAAGUGGUUGAGGAGAGCACUCAGGCUCAUGCUGGGGAGGCAGAGGCCAGGCUACAUGACACACCUGUGGUGGGAGAAGAAAAACGGGAAUCUAACAGGGCUGUGUCUUCCAAUGUCAAUGGACAGGCAGCCAUUACAGAAAAUAGCAGCAACAAAGGCCGGACGAAUGUUUACGAUUCAGUGCAGAAGUCUUUUGUUCCACACACACCAAAAGCAUCACUUACCAAGAAGAAGAUAAAGAUCUCCAAUGGAGAGGAUAGUGGGAUGACGGCUGAUAGCCAAGCAGGGAAGAAGCCUGAGGAGAGAGGGAUGAGUGAAGAAGGAGAGGUCAGUGUGACACCCUGUCUGGUUGAGUCCUCACCCUCACUGGGGUCAUCAGAAGAGGCCCUGGAAGUGGAGAGUGCUGUUGAAACUUCAGCCUCACAGACAGAGAGUGUAAAAUACAUGAAUCAGUCUGACAGAGCCCCACUGAACAACACUGUGUCAGUAAUGGAAGAAGUGAAGGUCCAAGUGAAGGAGAAAGUACCUGUACAAACUCCUUCUACUGGGCUCCUCUCUACAGGGGAAACCAUCUCAGGGAAUAAGAGUCAGAAUGCUGCAGUGGCUCAGGUGACCCAAAAUGUUGGAAAUAACAAUAUUAUGGGGAGUCAGAGUACAGUUCCUCCUGUCACCUCAUCACAACCAAGUCCUUCAGCUAAACUAAAACCACAGCCAAGUCCUUCAGCUAAAAUACAACCACAACCAAGUCCUCCUUCAGCAAAAUCACAACCACAACCAGGUCCUCCUUCAGCGAAAUCACAACCACGUCAACCAAGUCCUCCUUCAGCGAAAUCACAACCACAACCAGGUCCUCCUUCAGCGAAAUCACAACCACAUCAACCAAGUCCUCCUUCAGCGAAAUCACAACCACAACCACGUCAACCAAGUCCUCCUUCAGCGAAAUCACAACCACGUCAACCAAGUCCUCCUUCAGCGAAAUCACAACCACAACCAGGUCCUCCUUCAGCGAAAUCACAACCACGUCAACCAAGUCCUCCUUCAGCGAAAUCACAACCACAACCACGUCAACCAAGUCCUCCUUCAGCGAAAUCACAACCACGUCAACCAAGUCCUCCUUCUGUGACGUCACAACCACAACCAAGCCCUUCAGCAAAACCACAGCCACAACCAAAUCCUCCUUCUACGAAAUUCCAACGACAACCACGUCAAUCAAGUCCUUCAGUAAAAAUACAACCAGGUCCUUCAGUAACACCACACCCACAAACAGAUCCUCCUUCUGCGAAACUACAACUACAACCACAACCACAAAUACGUCAACCAGGUCCUUCAGAGAAACUCCAAGCAAGUCCUUAUGCGAAACCACAACAGAGUCCUUCUGCGAAACUACAACCACAACCACGUCAACCAAGUCCUUCAAUGAAAUUACAACCACAACCACGUCAACCAAGUCCUUCCCCGAAUCUACAACCACAACCAAGUUCCUCUGUCACACCACAACCACAAGCAAGUCCUUCAGUAACAACUCCACAGGUGUUGAGCAACACACCAGAGGACAUUAAAACCCAUCAAAGCAACGUAACAGACAUGGAGGUAGACGAUAAGCCUUCUGUCCUGGAACACCUAAACUGCACCACUACUCCCCUAACAGGUCAAACUGAAUUCCCGGGGAAGGAUUCAGCAUCAGUGCUUGAGGUGCUAAACUCAGAUACUUAUUCCAUCCAUGGAACUGGAACUGCAGUUGAAGUUGCUGGGGAAUCAGUGGAGUCAGUACUAACAUCACCCUGUAAGAGCAGCGAGGCUGUCUCUGCCUUGCCUCAGCGUCUGUGUGAACAGUCAGGAGAUCAGAUGUCUGUGGAGGAAACAAGCACGUGCCUAAAGAAUGUGUUUUUGUCUCGGCUGCCUGCGCAGCUGGACGGGGAGGUUACACAGAACCACAGACAGACAGAGAGAGAGUGGAAUGGAACACCUGUCGGGCAAGAACCUGUAAUACUAACCAUCCGGAGAAAGCUGGACGGACAAUCACCUUCGCCACGACAACGUUCUCCAUCGUCAUCGGACGGAGAAGUCACAGCAAAUGCCAACAAACGGUCUCCUACUUUGCACAAUCCUCCAAGCCAAUCGGCCUCAGACAAAAUGACGCAGGGCACACAGGAUCAUUCCAGGGGAUCAAAUGAGAGCCAUACAUUACCUUUUACAGAGCCACUAAAGUCACCCCUGGAAAGCCCGGGUGUUAGUGAGAAAACCUUGGGGUGUAGUGUUUCCUCAGUAGGCCAGCAAGGCCAAGUUGAGAUAGCUAUAAAAACCGUUGGAGAGACAAAAAUACAAGUUGACAUUAAAGUACGGGGAAAUAAUUUGGCUGAGUUACAUGCACAGGGAGGCAGUAAUGAGAGAAGAACUGACAUGGAAACUGUUUAUGAAGUUAGCAAAGUUCAGGAAGGUGAAAUUAAAAGACUUGAAAAGAAAACCGUUGAAAGUAUAGCAGUGUCUGUAUGGGAUGAGAAGAGUAUACCUGUGUUGAAGAUAGCAGAAUGCCAAGAUCUUUCGCUAAAACCCCGCUUUCAGCCUAUUAUUCCAGAUACAUCACAGACGGUUGGCACAACAACAAGUGUCCCAAACACAAACAUCUCAGAGCAACAAACAAAAGACCCAACACCUGUAGCCAAAGUAAUGUCUAUUGCCGGGCUUCUAAGGUCACAAAUGGAGAAAAGUGCCCCUACAGAAGUAAGUCCAGUGCCACCCAUUUCAGAUGCACGCAUUUCAGUGGCACUUAUUUCAGUAGGUACCAUUUCAAUGCCCCUUAUACAAAGUCUAAACACAGACCCACAACUUAAAUGUCCCCCAUCAACUGACAUACAGGAUGUGAGAAUGCAAAGUCCAGAGUUGAGGAUGGAUGAGACAGAGUACAGGCAGGAACCUGAGAAAGACACUUGUAAGAAGGAAACCGAUAAGUCUGCCAGUUCUAUUUCAGCUUCAAAUGUACAUUAUAGAUUUAAUACCUCUGAAUCAGAACGAGUUGAGUCCCCCAUAGUUAGUCCUAUGACUGAAGCCUCACCUAAAGCUUUUGUAAUUCCUCCUAUCUCUAUUGUUGACAUGGAUGGCACUUUAGAGAACAGUAAUCCUCCUGUAUGUAUAGUAACGGACAUUGAAAGUGUCAUGGAUACAGACCAGGAGCAUCUUUUGGAUCAUAAUGCUGAUAUUAGUCUGGCUGCGAAUAAGGAUGGUCAAAAGGAGUCUUCUCUUGUUACUCCAGAGCAGAAGUACUUGGACAUUACAGUUCCUCCUACAUCCAUCUCAUCUGUUACCUUCACUGCAGAGAAACAACAAACACUAGAAAAUACAGUCAAAGGGAUGGAUUCUUCACACUCACUGCCUCCAGUGUUCAGCAGUCAACAUGGCAGAGACAAAAGGUGUGCUUCUCCCCUUUCGGAGCAUUCAACAGAAUCUAGUUCACUUCCUAGUGCCACUGAGAACCAAAGUUUUUCUACAAAAAAUACAGGAUUUACAAACAACAUUGCAACACCGACAUUGCAACCUGUCAGUGAAAAACGGAGAGACUCUUCACCAGACACUGGUAUGAUUUUAGGUCUUAGUGAAGCAUGCAAACCUGAUGUUCCUCAGACUGUACGAAAGUUUGAUACCAAGGGUUCCCCAAGUAGUGAGACACAAGGGUCCGUACCUGUUCCCACCAUUCCUUUGGAUGGCUCUCCAUCCAAGGAGGUGAAAGUUGAGGAAUAUUCAAAGCCAGACUCUUCAACAUCUGUCUCAGUCACUGAAAGCAGUACUGGCCUGCUGAAGGGAUCAGACAGUGUGUACCCCAUGCCCUCAGCCACCCCACAGGAACUGGCCUCCGGCGCUAGACGCAAAAUCUUAAUCCCGAAACCCAAAGGAGAGGACCCUGAAGCUGUUGCUUCACCCACUGACACCCAGAACCCCCAGAGAGAGGAGGUCCUCAGGAUGAGCUCCAGGCUAUCCCCAGAGUCCUCCUCUCCCAUGUCCCCUGGUCUGUCCCGCAGGUCGCCCCUGCUGCAGCCCCCCAAUGGCCAGCGCACCCCUCCAACAGAGAGACGCUCCCCACUGCUCAGUAGGAGGAAGUUGGCUCCAACACCAGAGACCCUCAAACAGAGCCAGGAACCUGCCCUGGAGACAGCCGACACGACCAAGACUGAGGAGAAACCAGCUGAGAAGGACAAGCAUAACCCAUUCAAAGCUCCUCAGGUCAUCAGGAAGAUUAGAGGAGAGCCCUUCUCAGAUGCGGCAGGACAUCUGAAACUGUGGUGCCAGUUCUUCAACGUUCUUAGUGACUCCACAAUUAAGUGGAUCAGGGAUGAGGUGGAGAUCGCUGAGGUUAAAAGAAGUGCAGGAGAUGAGACUCAGGUAGCGUUGGCUAUUGUCCAGACAUCCAGCAGAGACUGUGGAGUUUAUGGCUGCACCAUCACUAAUGAAUACGGGACAGACACAACAGACUUCCUACUGAGUGUUGACAUACUCUCUGGCAUGUUUCUGCGUGAGGAUCAAGAAGUGGGAGAGGAGAUAGAGAUGAGUCCACUACUGUUCACCAAGGGCCUGGCUGACUCUGGCAUCUGGGGAAGUAAGUUCUUUGGGCGUAUCAUGAUGGAGGAGGCCCAUAUAGGAGAGGGCUGCUCCCACAAGGCCUGCAGAGUGAAGGUCAUCUAUGGGCUGGAGCCAGUGUUUGAGUCUGGGACCACAUGUUACAUCAAGGUGAAGAGCCCCAUCGCCUACUACGGAGCCAAGGAGGAGAGCAACCUGGUCGAGAGGAACCUGGCAAUCACCCAACAGGAAUGUAGAAUUCAGAACAUCGCUCGUGAAUACUGCAAGAUCUUUGCUGCGGAAUGUAGGGUGAUAGGAACCUUUGGAGAAGCGCUGGAAGUGAUCCCAGUCCACCUUAUGUAUCGGCCUGCAAAUAGCAUUCCCUAUGCUACGGUGGAGUCUGACCUGAAGGGGGUCUAUCUGAGUUACUGUCUGAUGGACGCUACAGGCCGGCUGGUCAUGAGAACUGGCUCAGAGGCGGCACUGAAGUGUUGUGCUCUGCAGCACUGGAUCCUCCAGUGGACCAAUGGAAACCUGCUGCUCACUCGGAUGGAAGGUGUUGACUUCAAGAUCACAAAUGUUGGAAUUUCCAUCAAAUCGAAAGGGUACCAAAGUCUCACGAUCACAGAGAACCCCAAUGUGUUUGAGCAGUUUGUCUCUCAGCACCAGUGUAACUCCUACUGCGGCCUCCUCAGCCUGAGGUCCCUGAAGACACAGGACUCCCUGCAGACCCCAGCCAAACCCAAGGGCUCCAGGAGCCCCCUGCUCCACAGCAAGAUGGGCGGCUCCUCCAGUCCCCAGCCCUCCAGGAAGGCCACAGGAAGCCCCCGGCUGAUCAGAAAGCCAGCACAGCCAGAGGACAGCAAAGCCACCGCCAAGCACAAGGCCGUUGAUGUCCCCAAUGUUGUCCGAAGUUAGAAUGGCUUCAUCGGCCGUAGAAAGCAAGCAACUGCUUUUCUCAAUAAAGAGAAUAAAUGCUGAACCAGAUAUGGAAUUACUGCCAGACUUGUCCUCCCACCUACAGAGCUUUCGGGGAGCUGGGAGCCGGUCUGGGAUGAAAGGCUGGUGACCCCUCCUCCAAGCUGUGACUGACAGACAGACAGAAACAGAGACAGACAGACAGACAGACAGACAGACAGACAGACAGACAGACAGACAGACAGACAGACAGACAGACAGAC